CGUCCAAAGCAGCUCAUCACACACGCGAUCCCAGGCCAUGGUAUCGUUCAAGGCACGCCGGAGCGAGCCGGAGCUCGUGUCGCCGGCGCGGCCGACGCCACGUGAGACAAACGCCCUGUCCGACAUCGACGACCAGCGGCCACUGCGUUACUACGAGACGGUCAUCGGGUUCUUCCGCAGCUGCCCCGGCCGCACUGACAGGCCAGGCGACCUGAUAAAGACCAUCAAGGCGGCGCUCGCGGAGGCGCUGGUGUACUACUACCCCGUCGCCGGGCGGCUACGGGAGACCGCCGGAGGGAAGCUCGUGGUGGACUGCACGGCGGAAGGGGUGGUGUUCGUCGAGGCCGACGCGGAUGUGCGUCUGGAGGAGUUCGGGGAGCCGCUGCUGCCGCCGUAUCCGUGUGUGGAGGAGCUGCUAUGCGAUCCAGGUGAUACGAGAGCUGUCAUUGGCAGACCAUUGCUCCUCAUGCAGGUGACACAGCUCAAAUGUGGCGGAUUUGUUGCUGGAUUCCACAUGUGUCACAACAUUGCCGAUGGUUUCGGUAUGAUUCAACUCAUGAUCACUAUAGCUGAAUUAACAUGUGGUGGAGAAGUCCCGAGCAUUCUUCCCAUUUGGGAAAGAGAGCUUCUAAGUACAGCACAUAGCCCAUCCCUCAUCACAUAUCCGAACCCUGCAUAUCAACCAUUACUAAAUGGCUUAGACUUUACAUCUGAUGAUGUGAUGCUGUCGACUCCACUCGAUGAAAUGGUAGUCCACUACUUCAUCUUUGGGCCAAGAGAGAUAACAACUCUACGAAGCCAGGUACCGGGGUACCUUGCCGAUUCUACAACAUGCUUUGAACUGAUAACUGCUGUCAUGUGGAGAUGCCGCACAAUAGCUUUGGGAUACAAGUCUAGUCAACGUGUGCGCCUUAUGAUUACUAUGAAUGCGCGUGGGAGGUGGAAUCACCAUACACUCAUCCCAUGGGGUUACUACGGCAAUGCACAUGUCUCUCCCAUAGUAGAAGUAACCGUGGAUGAGCUCCGAAGGCAGCCGCUCGCUGACACGGUCGAGCUCGUGCGUAAAACCAAGCUCAGCGUGACAAAAGAGUGCAUGAAAUCAAUGGUGGACACCAUUGCAUUCCUGCGUGAGUGGCCAUCCCUGACGAUGGACAGAAGAACGUACGAUGUUUCUGACACGAAAUGGAUUGCGGCGGGCAACGGAUUGCAGCUUGGGUGGGCUGAGUUUGUGGGUGGUGGCAUACCGGUCGCUGGUGACCUUACUUCAAAGAUGGGAAGCGAUCAUAUGAAGUGCAAGAACGAAGAUGGCGAGGACUCAACUGUGGUGUCAAUACUACUGCCAAGGCCGGCGAUGGAGAGGUUCAAGAAAGAGAUGGCUGUUUGGCUCAACAAACAUGACGAGAAGAAUUUUAUCAUACCGAGCUCCCUCUAGCUAGCAAUGAAUAGAAGAAUUUAAUUGGAUGUUUGCUUUCAUGGUUUUGAGAUGAUUUCGUGGUGUAAUGAAACAGUUGGAAAUG